AGCAUUCCGAACCGGUGUACAACAAGCUGAGUAUUUUACAGUAAAAGUGCAGAACUUACACAAGUAACACCAAAGGAUUUUAGUGCAGCUUACAUCUCGUAACACACAAAAAACACUAGCAAUGGCUUCCUACAAGGUGCUCGGUAGUUUCAUCGUUGUUCUGCUGGUCGUGCUUGCCUUGAGUGGUUCAGCUGAAGCCGGUUACCGGAAACCGCCCUUCAACGGCAGCAUCUUUGGCAAACGUAGCGGUAACUCUGUCGACUACGAAGGAAAUGCGAAAGUGCUCUCCACGAUGUGCGAAAUAGCGGCCGAAGCCUGCCAGAGCUGGUUUACCCAAGAGCAAAAAUAAGCACCCCGGCAUCGGGGUUUCGCUUUCGCCUUCCACUGACAGACCGACCAGGACGAUUUGGUGUGCUUCACAACUACUUUUAAACGCUACACUUUGGAUUUGGACACGGUUCGUAUGAAAAUCGACAAGUACACACAGUUUGAGCCGCGUGCCACACCGCACUAAGGCUGAAGGGGUUUUUCGGCAUGUAAGCGUUCUAUUCCGGAAUAAAAUGUUUUGUGCU